UGUUAUUUUUCUGUCAGUGUACCAGUGUACGACUGUUGGCUAGUGAGUAGUGACGGCUGUAACUUAAUGAAUAGAUGUGAAUUUGAUUUUAAUAAUAUGUUUUCAACUUGAACCUACCGGAAAUUCUUAAAUUUUCGUAAAUCAAUAUUCAAUUAAUUAUCUAGUUGAUUUAUAUACCUUUCGAUUGUCAUGUACUAAGUAGACGUUUCCCAACUACCACAAAAUCACACCAUGAAGACGUCCAAUAAUUUCAUUUCCUUUUUGACCGUUUGUCUGGUUUUGGUGAAUAUUGCAUUCGUAUUUGGGUAUAUAUCAGAUUUACAAAAUGAAAAAGUCAAUCGUAUCACUUGGUGUACAUUAAAUAUUCAAGAACAAUCAAAAUGUUUAAAUUUAUCUGCUGCUGUCAAUAGAGACAGACAGAAAUUUCACCCUAAAGAUUUCAUGGAACUCGUUUGCAAACAGGGACUCAAUAAAGACGACUGUAUGAUGAAGUUAGAUAACAAUGCAGCAGAUAUUUUGAGUUUAGAUGCUGGAGAAGUAUUUGUUGGUGGUCGAUAUAAUAGUUUGAUACCAUUAAUGCAACAACUAUUUGAAGACGGGUCUACUAACUAUUACUCAGUUGCUUUAAUAAAAAAAAAUACUUUAAAUGAUGUGUAUAAUCUUGGAAACUUGAAGGGUAAAAAGGCUUGUUUUGCUGGAGUUGGAACUCAAGCUGGAUGGAAUAUACCAAUAAAUACCCUUAUUUCUAAAGGUUAUAUGAAUAUUUUUGAUUGUAAUAACCAUGUGAAAACUACUAUAGAAUUCUUUGGUCACAGUUGUGCUGUAAAUUCACUACUUGACAAGUACAAUCCAAUGGGUGAUAAUUCUGACCGUUUAUGUAUUCUAUGCGCCAGCAAAGUUAGUGGCCAAAAAUGCACAUCAAACGAUCCAUAUGCUGGUGAUGAAGGUGCAUUUAGAUGUCUAAUUGAAGCAGGCGACAUUGCAUUUUUACGGCACACAACUGUAUUGGAAAUGAUAAAGGAUCCAUCAUUAUUCAGUAAAACCAGAGAAGACGAUUUAGAACUAUUGUGCGUAGAUGGUUCAAGACGUCCAAUUAGUGAAUUUAAAAACUGUAAUUGGGGGCCAGUACCUACUGAUGCUAUUAUGACUACAUCUGCAAAAUCUUCUAUUACUCGCGUUUCAUACCAAAAAUGGCUACAGAAAGUAGUUGAAUUAUAUGGAAGACCGAAAUACACACAACAGUUCACACCUGCUCCUGAAAUUGACUGGACAGGAGGAUUCAUUCAACCUCAAAUUAAUAACAAUUUAAACAAAAGCUUUUAUUUAUUUGAUUCCUCAGCUUAUGACAACCACCACAAUCUUUUGUUACAGGACUCAAUUAGAGGCUUAAAACCCUUAGAAGAAGCCCAUCAAACAUAUACAAGUUAUUUAGGAAAUGCUAUGGAUGUUGUGCUCGGAGUACGUUAUUGCCCUGUUGCCAAAAUGACACUUUGUGUAACAUCUGAACCUGAAAUGGAUAAAUGUGUUAAAAUGAAGUUAGCACUUAAAGUUCAACUUUUGGUUCCUGAAUUGCAAUGUUUCCGAGGUUACAGUCAAGUGCAUUGUAUGCAAGCUAUUAGAAAUGGAAAUGCAGAUGUCGCAGUUAUGGAUGCUGGUGAUAUUUAUACCGCUGGAUUGCAUUAUGAUGAAAUACCAUUCAUCACUGAAAUGUAUGAUCUACCUGAACCAGAAUAUUAUGUUGUGGCUGUCGCUAAAGAAGAGGAUCCCAGUACUGAACUAACAUAUUUAAAAGGAAAAAUGACAUGUCACCCAGGUAUAUAUUCUGGUGGUGGAUGGAUAAUACCAAUGGCAUUUUUGUUGAGUAAUGGGUGGAUAAGAAGUUAUGGAUGUGACUCAAUACAAGCUGCUUCUGAAUACUUUAGUAAAUCUUGUGUGCCUGGUGCAUUGAGUAAUGAAUAUAACCCAGGUUUACCUUAUGAUAACCUUUGUCAUCUAUGUAGAGGUGGUAGUUAUCGGUACUGCAAACGCGAUGCUACCGAAGACUUUUAUGGUUACACAGGAGCCUUUAGGUGUUUAGUCGAAGGUGGUGGAAAUGUAGCUUUUGUAAAACAUACCACAGUGUUUGAGAAUGUAGAUGGAAAACGCAAACAGUGGUGGGCAAGGAAUACUUUAAGCUAUGAUUUUGAACUUCUUUGUCCUGAUGGUACUAGAACAUCGAUUGAUGAUUACAAGAGGUGUAGCAUGGGCAAAGUUAAAGCUAAUGCUGUUAUAACUCGUGGAGGUAAUGCAUACAAUCAUACCGAAGUAAUGGCAUUUACUAACUUGUUUAUGGCUGCUCAGCAGUUAUAUGGCAGAAAAACUAUAGAUGAAUUUACUUUUAGUAUGUUUACAUCACCAGAACCAUACAGUGAUCUGAUCUUCCAGGAUGCUACCCAGCAGCUUGCAUCCAUCGAUAGUUCAUUAAGACAUUACUCAGAGUGGUUAGGACCAAAUUUCAUGCGGGCCCGACGUCUUGUUGACUGUCGUGCAUCUGGUACUGUAUCAUUACCAUUGGGAAUUAUAACUAUGUUAUUGUCUGUAAUUUUAACUCACUUGUGGUUAUAGACUUAUUGUGUUCAAUUAAUUUAUACAAAUUAUGUAAUAAUCUUAUGGGCAUCAUUUAUUUUUUUGAUAGCUCGUUAAUCAUCAUAUUGUGAUCAUUGGCAGAAUCUCAAUCAUAAAAUGCUGUGCAUUAUUUAUUAGCUGCACUUGAUAAUUUUAAAAUUUAUAUUAUCCGUCCAAUUAUUAAUUUUAAUUUUAAGAUUUUACUGAUUAUAGGUAAGACAUGAAUAAUUAAAUGCAUUACCAUAAUAUUUUAAGUGUAUUUCUACAAGUUUAGAUCAGUUGAACAAAAUGUCUAAAAAAGUAUAUUUUAUGUAUGACCUUUAUUUGUAUAAUUUUUUUUAUUGUUUAACAUGAAAACAUUUAUUUAAAAAGUAAUAUUUUGUAUGCUGUAUUUUAUUUUUUAUAACCCAUUUAUUAUUUUUAAUCUUAAGAUUUUUAUGAUAAUACAAUACAAUAUAUCAUAUAAAACACUUAACCUUGAUACUGUAUAUUUCUACAAAUUUAGAUCAAUUUAACAAUGUAUGAUUAAGUAUAUUUUAUAAUUAAUGUAUUAUUGUCUAAUUUUGUUUUAUUUUAUCAAAUUAUGUAAUAAUUUUUUUUCUUUUAAUCAUAUAUUUAAAGGGUAACUCUGUUAAAUAAUCCGUCCAUUUUUUUUAGUUUAAAAUUAUUGAAAAUCAAAUCAGUGUUUUUAUGUAUUAUUAUAUUAUUAUCUAAGCUACUAUAUUUUUAUACGUAUCUUUUUGAAUUUUAUGUAUUUUUCACGCUCUAAAAUUUUUAUAAUAAUAGGUUCUGCAUAUAAUUAGAGUUCAUGUUUAAAAAUAUGUAUACUCUUAGACCUUAGUAAUUUAGUUAUGUUUUAACGGUUCAAAAAGUUAAUCAACAUGUUUUGUUUGAGUUGUAGACACAUUUUGUUAUGGUAAUAUUGUAUUCACUAUUUUUAUAGUAUAGAAUUUGAUGUUUAUAUUCAUAUAAUGUAAACCAAUUACAAUUAAAUAAAUAUAUGAUUUUGAUUUACCUUAAAA